AUGCUUGUCUCCUACCACCAAAAGCGUGGUUCUAAGGAGAUUCCCCAUGUUAAUCAAGAGCCCGAGCAGCAACGAAAGAUCGAUGAGGCCAAAUUGGCAGAAUGGCAUGUGAUCGAAGGUAAGUGUGGAGGUCGACUAGUCCAUGGUGCUGAAGCUGAAUACGUUCGAAGCAAACUGUCUCAUAGGAUCAUGGAUAGUAGAUAUGUAGUCACCCUCAAACAAGAAGAAGAUGCACCAGUGAAAAUCAAGGCUCGUUGGUGCCUGCUUGGACAUAGAGAUCCAGACUUGUCUGCCAAGGCCCUUACGGGUGCAUUGCAAAGUCCCACCUUAUCUCAGAUCAGUCGCAGUGUGCUGUUUCAAACUAUAGCCUCACGAAAAUGGACUUUGGCUCUUGGUGAUGUCAAGGGCGCCUUCCUGUCUGCCGGACCUUUACCUGAAAGGUAUCGUCCCUUGUUUGCACGACUGCCCCCUGGGGGCAUCCCUGGUGUGCCAUCCGACACCUUGAUUGAAGUGACAGGCCAUGUGUAUGGUUUGAAUGAUAGUCCCUCUGCAUGGCAGCAGAAGCUGCACCGUGAGUUGCUGUCUGUUGGUUUUAAUGCCAGCCGCUUCGAUCCAUGUCUCUAUACGUUGCGAGAUGAAGCCGGUGUCCUGUGCGGAAUCUAUGGAGUGCAUGUUGAUGACUGCGCCACAGGUGGCCAAGGACCCAAGUAUGAGCAAGCUAUGCAACAGUUGAAGCAACGUUUUGAGUUCAGGAAAUGGCGUAUUCAUGAUGGGGAUUUUUGCGGAAGCCGAUAUACUCAGGAUCCACAGUCUUUUGAGAUUUCCAUGAGCCAGUCAAAAUUUGCAAGUGGGAUUCGUCCUUUGCAUUUGAGCCGUAGCAGAUGCCAGGAUAAAACUGCCUUGUUGACCGACCAAGAGGUGGGAAAAUAUCAGAUCAGUCCAGAGCAAGAUGUGUUGGAAUGGAGAGCAAACGAACGCCAGAGACGAAAGGACAUCGCCGAAAAACGACUGUUCCUGUGCAGCCACGCUCAAGAUCAGCAACACUGUGAUCGCCUGCCGCUGUCUCUCUUAGUCAUGUCAUCGCCGCCUCGCCCAGUCUUGAAAUGGACUGAUGAGGACCAGCAGCUGUGCCUUAGCCUGAUGUACAAAGCCCGCGACUGUGGCAUGCUUGCAACGCUGAUGAAGCGAGUGAUGGAACCUGACUGUGGUUGGGAUGUCAUUCCCAUGAAAGAUGCCGGCGGUGCCAUGAAUGACGCUUCCAAGCGCCAGCGUGAGGAAGAGACUUUGACGUCUUACUCCAAGAUGGGCUAUGGCCUUCCAAUACCGCUACCAUCGGCUGCCGCAGCCAUGACGGAAGUGCCCAAGUUGCCCGCCGGUGUGUCAUCCAUGGAGGAUUGGGGACGCAACCUGAUUACCUUCGGAAAGUUCAAGGGGAAACGGUCCUAUGCCUCCUUGUGCACCUCUGUUGGCAAAGAAGAUGUAGAGUACAAGAAGUGGUUGCAGGCUCACUACACCAAUGGUUCACCACAGCUUCGUGAUUUGGUGGAAUAUCUCAUUGCGAUGAAGGAUCGCACAAUGGUCGCAGCUGGAGCAGAGCCAGAGAAGAAGAAGAGCCCGUGGCUCGACGCUUGGCAUGACCCAGUUGCAGGCAUGAGCUGCUAUUCGUCUUUCCUAUGCCUAGCCGACCUCGUAGCGGAUGGCGACCACCGCUUGGUGAUGGUUGACAUGAAGAAGCGCAUUCGAAUGUACAAGGGCACCACCAUCCAGUGGGAGCACAAGCUGCCAGAUGUGCCCUGCGCCGUCCAAGCCUUUUACCACGAGGUAGGCAACCCACCCAUUCCAACGCUUGCAGUUGCGAGCGGUCACAGGGUCUUGAUCUUCCGGAAUAUGCGGCCUUCGAUGCAGUACCGGCUGCCACCCAUAGAGAUUGACCCUGUGGAAUCCCAGAUCUGGGAGGAGAUGGGCCAGGACUCCAGUGACAUCCAGGCUGGCUUCGAACGGCUGAACACGGCACGUGAAAACGGGGUGGCCCUGUCCAACCUCUCCAUCGAUUUCCUUGCUGUGGAGGAAUUAGAAGCGCAGACCGAAUACAUUCGCGCUCACAAGGAAUACUUGCAUGAGCAGCAGACCUCCAUCACAUGUACGGAGGUUCUGAAGCAAAACAUGGACGAGCCAACUGCAGUCAGCAUGUUGGUGAUCGGCACGGAGAACAGGAUGAUCUACAUUCUGGACAGCAACGCAUUGAACCUGGCAGCCAAGGUGAAGUUGGAAGCUGUACCCACCUUCAUCUCAGUGCUGGGGCUGUUUGAUGUGGAGUACAGGAUCACGGUGGCCUGCAGAGACGGGAAUAUCUACACUGUCAAAAAUGGACAGGUGCUCAGCAAUGUCAUCGAAUUGGAGACUCAGCCUGUGGGACUCGUCAGAUUUGACAAAAAUGUCUACGUCGGCUGCAUGGAUAACGUCAUACACUGUUUCCACUUCAAGGGUAAGAAGAAUCACUCCAUCUACUUGCCCUGCCCGAUCUCGUGUAUGUCCUUGCUGCAAAUCACAAAAUCCCGUGUGGCCAAGGCUUUGGUGGUGGCUUUGCAGAAUGGUGAGGUGCGUCUCUACAAUGGGAAGCACCUCAUAGCCACGGUGGAAACGAAUGAUGUGGUCUCCGGAAUUAAGCUUGGAACCUUCGGCCGGGAGGAGGGCUCGAUGGUGUUGAGCUUUAAGUCCGGAGCUUUGAUGGUGAAGAUCUUGCAGCGCACGGCCAAUCUGGACGGCAGCUCUGUGAAUGCUGGUCCUCCACCUGAACAGGACAUCCCGCUGGACGUUCCCAAGAAGACCAAAUUGCCUCGCGCUUAG